AUGGGAAUGAUGAAUAAUUGUCAUUUCCGUGUAAAAGUUAGUACCAUAACUCAAGGAAGUGAUGUGGCUUUACUGUUCGCACACCCUACCCAACCUGGUGAAAAUCCUGGUGGUUGGAUGCCCAAGCCUGACGAUUCUUUAAAUUCUAUGCCGCCCAAAAAAGACGAGCCUGAUAAUGGCAUGCCCAAAUUUUCUAUUGAUCAGAUUUCGAAACAUAAUUCUAAAGAAAAUUGUUGGAUAAUUGUAGACAAAAGGGUCUAUGAUUGUACGAAAUUUCUUGAACAGCAUCCGGGAGGUAUGUCGAUAAUACCAUUUAUUUAUAUGACUUGUUAUGUAUUUCUUAUAAACUUUAUUAAUUUGACUUUAAUAGGUGCUGAUAGCAUUCUAAUGAAUGCUGGAACGGAUUGUUCAGGCGAUUUCAAUGCAAUUCAUUCUUCUAAAGCGAAAUCAAUGUUAUCUGAUUAUUAUAUCGGUGACUUAAUUGAUAACUAUAUGCCAAAGUCAUCAGAAAAAAAUAUAUCAAAUCAAUCAACAAUUCAAUGGUUGUCAUGUUCUCUAACCGAUAAAAAAUGUAUUAAUAAUAAUACACGUAUAUUCCGAUUUACUUUUCAGUCUCCAAAUCAUCUUGACUUGCCAAUAGGAAAUCAUUUCUUGAUUCGCGCUUUAAUAAAUGAUCAAACUGUUAUUCGAUCCUAUACGCCAAUCAAAAUAUCUCCAGGAUACUUUGAUUUACUUAUUAAAGUUUAUUUCAAGAAUACACAUCCAAAAUAUCCAAAUGGCGGAUUAAUGUCUCAGCAUAUGGAAGAAUUACGUAUUGGUGAUUGCAUUGAAGUAAAGGGUCCUCUUGGUACAUUCGCAUAUAAUGGUCGUGGACAAUAUCAAAUUAAAAAUGGUACUAAAGAGACACUACAUAAAUGCAAAAAGAUUAGUUUAAUUUGUGGUGGAUCGGGUAUAACACCUGCAUACCAAGUAAUUCAAUCUGUAUUUCGAGACCCGAAGGACAACACUGAACUGUCUUUAAUAUAUGCAAAUAGAGGUGAAUCUGAUAUAUUAUUAAAAAAUGAAUUAGAUGGAAUUGCAAUCCGUGACAAAAGAUUCAAAGUAUACUAUACAUUAGAUGAUCCACCUAAAGAUUGGCCGUAUGGAAAAGGAUUUGUUUCUGAGACGAUGAUUCGUGAACGGUUGCAUGCGCCUAUGAAAAAUGCUCAAAGUAUUGUACUGAUGUGUGGACCUCCACCAAUGUUGGAAUUUGCUUGCAUACCAAACUUAAAGAAAAUUGGAUUCAAAGAUUCGGAAUACUUUAUCUUUUAA